AUGUCUGAUCGAUCGCUGUCUGCGAAUGUGACGGACCACAUCACACCAGCGUCACACCAGCAUCACACCAGCAUCACACCAGCAUCACACCAGCAUCACACCAGCGUCACACCAGCGUCACACCAGCAUCACACCAGCAUCACACCAGCAUCACCAGCCAACAGCAUCACACCAGCAUCACACCAGCGUCACACCAGCAUCACACCAGCAUCACACCAGCAUCACACCAGCAUCACACCAGCAUCACACCAGCGUCACACCAGCAUCACACCAGCAUCACACCAGCAUCACACCAGCAUCACACCAGCAUCACACCAGCGUCACACCAGCAUCACACCAGCAUCACACCAGCAUCACACCAGCAUCACACACCAGCGUCACACCAGCGUCACACCAGCAUCACACCAGCGUCACACCAGCGUCACACCAGCAUCACACCAGCGUCACACCAGCGUCACACCAGCGUCACACCAGCAUCACACCAGCAUCACACCAGCAAUAUGGCAGAACUUCUCAAACGCCCUGCUCCGAGGCCCCUCUCAGCGGACAGGCCGACAGAUACCAUCAAUUACCACAGAGCAGCCCCUGGCCACCAUAUGGCCGGUGGAUGUAUAG